GCAGGGUCCAUUACAGCCACCACUACCACCACCAUCACGGCCUCUACUCAUCGCCAUCAUCGCAUCGUGACAUCCGCCCUCUGCAGCGAUCAGCGCCAAUCGCAUCACUGUCCUUGGCGUUGAUGCCAGUCCCAGUGCUCGAUUCCACUCCAAGUCAGCCACUGCUCAGCAGCAACAUGAAGAGUGCUCGCGGCGACUCGGGCACCUACCGCCUACCGCCACUCGAGUCACUCUCCGCAUCAGCAUCUCCAUCGCGAUCAUCGCCCUACUCAGCAGGGCCUAAUGGCGAUGGAUCCGGCCCCAGUGCCAGUGCUAGCGGUAGUGGUGGCCGCGUCAGCUUGCCAGGUAUCGCGCAUUUCAAUCAACGUGGGCCGCCUCAUACCAGUUUCGACUCGCCGAGGAAGACGGUAGCUGCUGCUCGACGAUCGAGAUCGCCGCAAACCCUGGAAUGGACAGCCAAGGACGAGUCCUGAGCAAGGGAGGAGAGUGACAUCGACAUCUUCAGCGGCCAGUCACCUUGAUGCCGACCGCAAUGGAGGAGCUGUGCCACCACCGCUCAACGCCGACGGCCCUCCUCGAGGCUCUUGCCCAGGCGGCGGCCUCUGC